UCACGCCUUUUUCUGCACACGAAAAGUUCACGUCUUGUUGAAAAAGUCAUGUCGGCGUAAAAAAAUUGUGUGUUUUCCAACAAUUUUAAAAAGUUCUGGAUAAAACUAUUGAAAAUAUUAAAGGUGAAUUAAGCUACAAUAUUUCGGAUAUUAGAAAUACCUAGAAAAAGUGAUUGUUUGAGAAUAGAGCGUGGUGAAGUUGUCAAGGGAGUAAAAGUGGAACCUGCAGUGGAGGUGGGGGCAAUAACAAGAUGAGAUCAAAUAAUCGAUGAUGAACGAAGUACACGAAAAAGAUGGAGAAAAAGUAAUGAAAUGUGAAUACGAAUACAAUCUCAACUGCACCAACGAAAUAAGACAUACAACUAAAUCAACUAAAUGUAAAACAAAGCAUUAGAAAAUUUGGUCAAUAAGAAAAAAUAUCACUCCAUCUAGUUGAAAAUAUUUAAUUUCCUUAAUUAAAAAUUUCCAACAGUAUUUUUUCUGUGUGCGUGCAAAGAUUUUUUUCAAGAUAUAUAUUUUGCUUCUAUACCAUUGUCUUGCAAGUGAGCUAGUGAGUGUUGGGGCUUUUUUAGUUUUUAGAGCUCACAGCCUGCCCGGGGUGGAGAAGGUGAAAAGUUAAAAAAAAAGUGUGAAUUUAUAUUAAUCCAUUAAGCUUGAAGAGAAAAAUAAAAAAAAAUGUGAAUACUUAAGAUAAAUAUAUAUGAGUAAAAUAAAAAUAUGUAUUGAUAAAAAACAACGGCAACAAAAAAUUAAAUAAAUAACAAAGGUUAAACAAAUAAAAAAAAAACACACACACACAUUGGAGCACCUGAUCAACCCAUAUUUGUUGAAAAAAGUUAAGGAAAAAACGAAAAUUUCUGCUGGUAAUUACUCCACCACUCACUUUACAGUUAUUUUUACAAUUGCUGAGAAAAGUGUCUUGCGAUAAAAGUAGGUGCCGCCGUUGCCACCAACCACUUCAAGCAGAAGUCAUUCACCCACACCACAAGAAAAAAAAUUGAUUUUCAUCGUAUUUUCCUGAAACACACCAACACUAAGCCUCCAGUCAGCAGUUUUUGGCCAAAAAGCCCCCUCUUUGUGACCAUCUAUCAUUCGUUGCCCUUCGGGUCUGGUCCUGAAAACUUGGCUUACAUGUCGCUAGUGGCAUUCCCACAGAUUUCAGUGUCCCUAAGAUUGAUUCAUGUUUAAACGGCGUUAAAAAAAACUUUUGAACUCUCUCUUACACUCUGUUGCCGCCUCAGCAUUGAGAUUCGAUCAACAAAAUGCCACUGCCCAAACGUUCAAUUGAGCCGGUGCAUGUGGCCCGUUCCGUAUACCAACAGGAUGAACUGCAAUCUGUGGAAUUGGAAACAGUGACCAACACAACGCUGACCAAUAUCAUACGUCAACUGUCGUCAUUGUCUAAACAUGCUGAAGAUGUUUUUGGUGAAUUGGCUCGCGAUGUGGGCAAUAUUGGAGAUCGUGCCAACUCAUUGCAGGCGCGCAUCGAUAGAUUGGCCAUAAAGGUCACCCAACUAGAUAGUACAGUUGAAGAGGUGCCCCUCACCGACAUCACAAGGAAGAAAGCUUUCAAAUCUGCCAAAAACUUUGAUCAGCAAAUAUUUUCGCGAGCCACAAUGCCCGCCCCAAUGCUCGAAACUUAUGCGCAAUGUGAUAAACCACCACCCUUGGACAAGCUCAAUGUCUAUCGGGAUGAUGGCAAAGACGGUCUGAAAUUCUACACAGAUCCCAACUACUUCUUUGAGUUGUGGCGUCAGGAAAUGCUUAAAGACACAGAACGCGUCAUGCAUGACAAGGGCAAGAAAAUGCACAGGCCACGGCAGGAUGGCGGUGCCAGUGGACGAGGUCAUAAAAAGCGAGUGCGAACUCCACACAACACAAGGGACAAACAACGACAAAUUGCUAUUAGUCAUGGUGAAACUUUAAUGCCAAAUAAUGUUAUUUAUCGUACACCAAACUCAGUGGUUAAUGAGGAAACUAUUUACGGCACACAACUUGUUGAAAUCCACACCACAACCGAUAGUGAGAGUAUAGCCCAAGCGAACCCCCAACAGCAGCAACAAGAUGGAGAUCAACAAUUACUACAACUCCUAUUGCUAUUGCAAAAUGAGGAAAGAGAAGGUGGCGGCGGUGAUGGUGGUGAUGGUACAUUUUUAUUAAAUCGCAAUAAUAACAAUAAACAAUAUUUUGUGGUCAAUUCAAGUGACAGCAACAACUUUGAUGAAUUUACAUGUAUGGGCACUUACGAUACACGACCUCCACGACCAAACUCCAUAGAGUUACGACGCAGUUAUCAGUCGGAGCAAAUUGAUGGCGUUUAUGGUCCCCUGUCACCACAGACGGCUGGCCAAAUGAUGGCGAAUGUGCAGGGUGGCGGUAGUCAGUAUGCCAGCGCGGCAUAUGCCGCCAAUGGCAUGCAUCCCUCACAGCAAAUGCUCCAGCAGGGUGGAAUGCAACAGCAGUCACAGCAUCAGCAAAUGUAUGAGGAUGCCAUGUAUCAUCAGUCGCAUAACUUAUAUGGGCAAACGGGUCAAGGUGGUCCCAUGUCACCGGAGCCGAUCUAUGCACCAGGCACACCAUCACGGACUAAGCCACGUCCAUCGGUGCCGCCGCCAGCACCGCCAUCGAAUGGCAGUGGUGGCGGUACACCAACAGCAUCCAAUGCCAAUACACCAACCAGGGGGCGCAGUAUGUCGACCAGUCGAGAUGCAUUGCCGCCACCACCGCCCAUACCGGAUGGUAUGGUCAACACAAAUUCGCCAUCGCAAAUGUUGGCGGCGAUGAAUGGCGUUCCUGGCGGCAGUGGCCAUAUUGCGGCGAAAUUAUUGGCACGUACCAAUAGCACAUCGAGAGCUGGCUCUCCACAAUUGGCACCAAGCAACAGUGUGCAAGACGCCAAUGCCUUGGUCAUGGCACAAUUGAAUAAUACCAUCAACAGUUUCAACACCCUGAGUAUGGGUGGCGGCAUGUCACAGCAUCAACAAUUGAAUUCACUCAGCGAUUUGCCUCCACCGCCACCGGUGCCAGAUCAAGGAUAUUAUGGUUCAAAGCACGAACCAAAGUUAUCGCCACCAAAUGCGGCGCCACCUCCACCUCCUCCACCACCUCCAUUAGAUGAAAAUGGUGCAUCGCCAAUGCAGCCACAAGCACCACAUCAAAUUAUGCCAAAACCUUUGCCCAAUGGUGAUAUACAAACGAAUGGUCUAAAGCAUAUUCCCAAAAAGAUAUUGCCGCCAUACCAUGAUACGCGCUCGGAUCUAAUGAAGUCUAUACGAGAUGGCAUCACACUGCGAAAGGUGGAAAAAUCGGAGCAAAAAGAAAUCGAACGUAAUACGGGUCUACAUGAUGUUGCUUCCAUAUUGGCUAGACGUGUGGCAAUUGAAUUGUCCGAAUCGGAAGAUUCCGAUUCUGAUGACGAUAGUGAGGGUUGGAUGGAACCAAAUGAGACCUCUGCUUGAUCCCUUAUGUCUUCUCUAAUACCUGAAAAAAUCAAAAAGAAAAAGUAAACGAAGUUAUUAUCGAUGUUAUGUGGUUUGAUUACAAUCGCCAAUACAGCAAACUCACACGCUAAUAGCAAAACGAUUUCAGCACACACUAUCUCUUUCUGUGUAACUCUUCCAAAUCUAUCCGCUUGUUUAGCCAACACACACACACACAAAGGUUUGAGGGCUAAGAUAUUUCCCAUUGAAAAAGUGAAACGAAUUGGAAUCUGAAUGUGCAAAAAGAAAUGCCACAAAAAGCAACAAGUUUGAUAUUUUAUAUUUUCGCUCAAAAAUGAAAACAAAAAAAAAAAAACACUUUCUUCAAGAGCAAGAAAAUGCAACAAGAAAGAAACGACAUUAAGCAAAAAAUCAAAUACAAUUUUCUUUAACGACAUAAUAAUAACAAUAAUAAGAGUAUGAUAAAUAUUAAUAUAUAAAGAAAAACCCCCUUUUGUAUAUAUACACUAGCAACUAUAAUUGAAAAAUGGUUAUUUUUUUUUUAAUACAUACAAACAAAUAAACAAUAAAAAUAACUUAUUAUACCGUAAAUAACGGAAAUAUAAAAAAUUUCUUCAUGUGGGAACGCUUAUGAAAAGACAUAGAUAGCACUACACAUUUCCUAGGACUAAAUAUGCUUGUCAACUGGUCCAUAAACUUAAGAUCAUCAGAACCUAAAUACAUGUCGAAAACUAGAAAGAUAAAUGUAUACUGUAUGUACACGUGUUGAUGAAAAUUCCCAAUCUUAGACUGAAAACAAUCCCCUUAGGAAAGGCUUCGAUUGGGCAUUUUAUUAAAUUUAAAAAAAAAAAAUGGAAAACAAAUAAACCACAUCAAAUUAGGCAAACAG